AGUGUAGUGAGUGUGUUUACAAAAUAUUGUAUUGCAAUAUUACAAGAGGUCGAACACUUGAACUCUGGAGAGGAAGGAAUAAAGGAUACAAGCAAAGGAUUCAGCUGCAUUAACAAGACAUGAACCGCUAUAUAGUUAAAACAAAGAAACAACCAGGCAUCGAUGAAGGAGCUCUCAAAAGAAAGAAGCAGUCAGUGCAAAAAUUUCAUGACCUGAAGACUGGAGUGAAAAUAACUUCACAAAAACAACUUAUAUGUGAGGAAAAUAUAAGAAAAGUAGAUGGAGUGGAUCAUGAUACAAGUGAACUUAAGAAAACAGCAGAAUUAAUUGAUCCUUAUUCCUCCUAUUUGUAUAAGAACCUAGACUUGGCUUUUCCUAGUGUAAGAACCGACAAUUUACAGUGGAGAAAGAUAAGUAAGGACAAUCUUGAUCUAGAUUAUACACUGUUGUUUCCGAGGAAUGUUGCAAAUGCUCUUGUACAAGUGUUUGAAAAAGAGUUGGACUACUUCACUGGAACCCUGGCUAAAGUUAAGAUUUUUGGCAAGUGGCAUGACAUACCCAGGAAACAGGCAACUUAUGGGGACCCUGGUCUGACCUACAAGUACAGUGGCAUCAAGACACCGGCACGACCCUGGCCACAACCACUAGAGGCUGUUCGUGAAUUAGUCUGCAAAGUCACAGGCCACAAGUACAACUUUGUACUGGUCAACAGAUACAAGGAUGGUAGUGAUAAAAUGGGUGAACACAAAGAUGAUGAAAAGGAUCUUGAUGCUCAGACCCCUAUUGCUUCUGUAAGUCUUGGUCAGCCAAGAGAUUUCUAUUUCCGUCAUCAAGAUGCAAGACCUCCCAAGAAAUUGAAUAUUGACAAAGUGCAGCUCCAGCUUCAGCAUGGGAGUCUUUUGUUGAUGAACCCACCAACAAAUCAGUACUGGUAUCAUGCUCUACCCCCACGAAAGUCUGCACCGGGAAUUAGAAUUAACCUCACUUUCAGAAAGAUCAUACAAAAUUAACUACCAAAUAAGUAGAAACUGAUAUUCAGGGGAAAGUAAAGUCAUUUUAAUUACAUACAUAUUCUUGAUCAAAGUGGAGGACUGAGUUCACCCCUUGUACUGUACAUCAACCCUUGCACACUUGGUAAUGAAAUGAGAAUUUGUAUAAUAUCAAGUGCACUUGUAAAUUGUGGAAUAACCCUUCAGCGGACUGUUGUCCUGCAAGGAAUUUUGGCAUCCCGCAACAGUACUUAACUGCUGAAUGCUAAAAGUCAAGGACACAAAUGCAUACCAACUUCUUGUGUUUUACUCUACUAGUCAAUAAGAUUUUAUCCCUCACUAUUGGUAAGUGGGGAGAUAGUACACAGGCCUCUGGUUGGUAGUCUAUAAUGUUAUUGUAUUUGAACUUUUUGUUGCCAAUUUCUACAGAUGUUGCAUAUAUAAUGGACAUGUACACUCCCACCAAAAACUUAUGAAAUGCUAUAAGCACUAUGCAGUCUGAAAAAUGAAUGAAGAUUCUGAAACCAUUCCGAGAUGACAAGCCCCAUUCUGCUCAUUAUCGCGUCCAUUGUGCCCAGGUGUUCGAGAAAUUUUUGUUGAGAAUGUACAGUUGUGGGCAAAAAGGCUUCAGCAGAGAAACUGGUGUAUGGGAGAGUAGGGUAGUAGGUGGGGACUUCGCAAUGUAGCAUCUGGAUGGUGAUGAGUGUUUCCUCAAACAUUCAACUUUUACAGAUUUUCUCUUUUUUUGGUGAAUUGAGUUAGUUACAGCAUCUUGUUAGUGAAAGCUGUUCCUUCCUCAUAAUUAAACUAAGAAAAUCAAUUUGUGAUGUGAAACCAAAAUUGCUGACUUUUAACUGCUACCUCUAUGCAACGAUGGCAAGUCUCCUACUUAGCCUUAUCCUCCCAUAGAGCACCUCCCUCACUCUUUGCCUGCCAUAUUCAUAUUGUCCUCAACUGUACAUGUUGCAUUGUUGAAAUUUAAUAAAAUACUCUCUACACAGAUGUACCUUUGGUUUAGUACGGUUUUGAACUUUGUGAUUUUUCAGGUUCUUUUACAUUAUAAUUUUCAUGAGAUUCACUGUGCAGGUAUAUAUAUUGGGCCUUUGUAAAAUAUGAAUAUAUUCAGAUAUAUUGUAUCUUCAUUCUUUUGAUUAUGUUGCCUGACUACAUGGUGAGUUAAGGUAUGUAAGAUUUUUCUACCCAAAAUUUCAUUUACACUUUUCAUGCAGAUGAUACAGUAAUGUCAUAUCUUAAUACUGUAUCCAAAGGCCUUCUCAGCUGUAAGUUUGCACUGUUUCCAUUUUCACUCAUUUAAUUGACUCAUUCUCAUUUUGAUGCGUCAAACUGUAAUAUAAUGUUAUUACAAAAUAAUACUGUUAGAGAAAUCUACUCCAAAUGUGAUUUACUGUAUAACAGAGAGCCUCCUCAGUCAGAAUUUCACAUACCUGUAUAUACAGUACCUGGAUUUUCAUUCCUUUCACUCAACCCUUUGAGGACAGUGAUGGCAACUCAUGGUCAUUGAUGGGGGAAUAUCUGAAAAAAAAAAAAAAACACUAUAACAUAACAGCAUCUAAAUCUUAACAUAAACUCCUGAAGUAUGUCAUAAAAAUUCAGGGGUUGGAGAGAAUAAACAAAGAAUCACUCCAAUACCAAGUGAAAGCCUCAUUGCUGGAUACAUGGAUUGUAGAAACUACCCCACCACCGCCAGCAUAUCCCUCAUCCUCAUCACUUAGUUUCUCCUAAAUUCACUGAGUUAAAUCUUAAAGAAAGUUACUCUCUUCAUUUAUAUCACUGUUGUAUACAUGGGAUGAUCAUCCUUGUCACCAGACAGAAAUACUGUACAGGUACUGUACUGUAUAAGGGAAUCAAUAUCAUCUUGCGUGCAGCACCACAAAGAGAAUAUACAGUACGUAUAGCAACAGUUGCAAGAUAUAUCUGACAAGGGUUAGAUAUCAUCUCUAAUCAUUACCUAUCAAACUAUACAAUAGUUCAAUGCUGUUGAACAAUAUUUUUCAGUUGGAUGCCAGCCAUACCUGAUAUUGGUUUCCGUGGUAAGCAUUGACCUUGGUUAAAAAGAAGAAAUUUAGUUUACCUUCAGUGUAUCAUUAAAUACAUCACAAUCCUAUGUAUACAGUACUGUACUCUAUUUUAGGACUCUUUCCUAUUAAGAACACAUACAGCUCCUCCCUGACUUACGACGGGGUUAGGGACCCAAAUACAGGUCGUAAGUCGAAAAUGCGAAAAUAAUACAUAGAAAAUCUAAAAUGGGUGUCUCUUUUUCUUCUCAGCACCACAAAA